AUGCAGAUCUUCGUGAAGACGCUGACCGGGGAGACCAUCACGCUGGAGGUGGAGUCCUCGGACGCCGUCGGCAACGUCAAGGCCAAGAAAAAAAAAGGCCAAGAUCCACGACAAGGAAGGUACGAGCCUUCGCCCAUGACCGCCUACAUCUACUCGAACUCGACCGAUCCUCCCCACCCAGUCGCGCGUGUGCUCAGCUCAAAUCGCUCUAUUUUGCUCGGUUAUGUUCCUGGAUCUGAGCAGCUGCUCUGCAUCCAGCCGGACCAGCAGCGCCUCAUCUUCGCCGGGAAGCAGCUUGACCACGGCCGCACCCUGGCAGACUACAACAUCCACAAGGACUCCACCCUUCACCUCGUCCUGUGCAUCAUCGGCGGGGACAAGGGCUCCUACUACCCGUCCAAGAUAGAGCCGAACCUGCUUGCGCUUGCCCUCAAGUACAAUCAGCAGAAGCUCGUCUGCCGCAAGUGCUAUGCGCGUCUACCCCUCAGGUCUGCCAACUGCCGCAAGAAGAAGUGCGGCCACAGCAAUGACAACCGGCCCAAGGAAAAGCUCCGCUACCAUGACUGAAGCACUUGAAACAUGAUCAAGUGACAUGUGAUAGCUGGAUUAACUGGGAGUUCAAAGUUUGGUUCGAGUCUUAGUUUCUUGGAUAUGAAGUUUCAUCCUAGUUAAAUGUUGUCCCUGAAACAUUCUAGCCUCUUGUAACAGUUUUUGUCUUGGUAUGUGCAAUUUGCUCUUGCAUGAAUGAUGAAAUCAAGUAUUUGAGGUCUACUAGCUUGAAUGAUAUGAUGAAGUCAAGUAGUGUUCUUGCUUCCUGAAUUUUUGUCCUGGCUGAAUCAAGUUUCUCACGGCAGCAUUUGCUGCUAAUUACUCUAAAA